GGAUUUGUCCAUUGAGGGCUGCAGUGCUCACUGAUGUUGACAAAGUUUUCUGAGUCCUUGGGGCAAAAAAAAGGGAAACUUCCUGGAAUUUUUGGAGGGGCGGGGUUCAUGCUCCACUCUCCUCUCCUGUGUAUCCCCCUCCACCCUCCGGGAUCCUGAUACGUGGCUGUUUGGGAACGCCGUGGUGUUGACCUGCAGUUAUCCUCUGCUCUGUUGGCUGCAGCAGCUAGCGGAUGAUCUCAGGUCGGCCCACAGCAGCAGCAGCAGCAGCAGCAGCUGGGAGUCUGUGAAACUCAGCGGCUCAAGCCUGCCUCUAUCAAGUCGGCCUGGAUGGCAGGGACACACUGGUGCACGGACUGCCGAAACCUCAAGGUAUGGAAACAUUUCAUCUCCCAACCAUGCUGUUUUUGUUUUUCUCUGUCCCUUUGCAGAUUUGUUUAGGGGGUUUCCGUUUGUUAGCACUGAUGUUAACUUAGUGACUCACUGUAGUUUGGCAGCAGCAGCAGCAGCGUUGAUUCGCAGUGAUUGUGUCUGGAGGAGCUAAUUUAGUUAGCACUGUGUCUACGCAGCUCUGGUAUGUGCCAGCUAACAUUAGCCUGCUAACUUUUACUCACAGACAUGUUAGUGAGCUAAGUCAGUCGAUUUCUACAGUUUGUUUUCCAUUUUAACGUGAAUUUGAUGGUUUGUGUUAUCGCAGUGCAGCUGUUUUACUCUGUCCCGUUAACGAGAAAACAGCAUGAGUGGAUGACUCAAAGUUUCUCACAGAAAGUCGCUGUUAAACUCCGUGACAAAAUAGAUGAUAGAGAAGUUGCAGGGAGGUUGUAUCUUCUCAAACUGGUUAUUUUAUCUAGAGAUACAUCUGUCGAGGGUUUAGGCAGAUGUUCAGAUGGAGCAGCUCAACAGUCUGGUAUUUGUGCAGAAAUCUUUUUCUUUAGUUCAGUCUGACUUUAGCUUUUCUAUAACCCAAGAAGACUAUCACCAAAAUUAGUAACACCAUCACUAUAACUCAAAAAAAUAUACCCAAGAAAAAGUACUUGUCAUCAAAAUAGCAGAAUAAAUGACAAAUUAAAGUAGUUUUAUUUUAUUUUGAUGUAUAUGCAAUAUCCAAAGGGAGGGAAAAAGUGUCAUGAGGGGACCAAAAUAACUGAAGUUAGGCAUUCAUGAUCAAAAAAUUCCUAAAAAAAAAAAAUAUAUAUAUAUAUAUAUAUAUAUAAACUGUAAACUUAGUUUCUUUUCUUCCCAUUCCUGGGACACACGAGUCUUCCCUGGUGAAGACUCAGGGUCCUUGGCGCAAUAACAGCUGCAGGAGAGAGAACCAAAAUAUGGCAGAUUUUCAGUGAGGAAAAAUGACCAGCGGACUAAAAUAUUUCCUAUCACUUUAUGAAUUCCCUCGAAAAUCACUACUUUGUGAUUGUUAUUCAUAACCACUGCGCUUAAUAAAGAGAGCAUGCAAAUUCCAGGACCACUCUUACUGACCUUAUUCCCUACGUGCAGCUAUCAAAUCCACCCAAACCUACUUUACCCUCUAUUACUACUGCCGGGUGAAAAUCACCCAAACACGCGCCUGUAGGAAAAAACGGGUUUUGGAUCAGGGAAACAAAUAUGCCUUCAAAGAUGUAAAAGGUAAUUAGGUAUGUGUACGUGUAUAUAGGUAUGGGUGUAUGUAUAUAUAAGGUCUUUGUCUCAGUAUUGAUGAUUUGUUACUUAUUCAUGUUAGACUUUGGAGCUUUGGCGACUUACUUUUUGGCGACUUGAGAAAUCCUAAAAUUCUAGAGACAUGUAAAAGGUCAACGAAUAGGACGGAAUGAGGCUAGGUACAAAUAAGCUAAAUAGCUUCUACCUACUUCUUUUCGAUCUCCAAAAAUAGGUGAAUUUCUUGUCUAAAAUUGUACUGCAUGUAUAUUUGAUCGAAUAAACAACAUCUCUCUCUCUCUCUCUCAAAGGCAAUGCUAAAACUACCCAGGGACCCAUGAUACUCAGACAAACCCAACAUAAUGAAAAUCACGUAAACAUGUUUGGUCGGGUGAAAGUCACCCUGUGAUAGUGUUCUAGGGUUAGAGAUACAUCUCUCAAAGGUUUGGGCAGAUGUCCAGAUGUAGCAGCUCAACAGUCUGGUAUUUGUGUAGAUAUCUUUUUCUUAUCCCUUUCCCUGACAGUGUGUCUGUAUUGGUCAUUAUGGUGAUUUAAUCAACAAAAAAUGCUUUAUUCAUUUUGAAUGUUGGAUGGUUGAGUUAAUAUUUCCUAUUGGGUGCUUAACAUGUUCAUGUGUUGUUUUGUUUUUUGUUUUUUAGAAAAAAAGAGAGAGCUUUUGCAGCUGGGAUGUUUUAUUAUCUGCAAGGGAAACUGAGUAUGUUUGGGUGACACACUGAGACAGACAUAACCAGCAGUUUGAAGGCCGCCUGUGGGUCAGGAUAAGGAAAUAGUGGCAAGAUUUAUUUUCUGUUUAUUCACAUCAGCUUGCCAAAUUAAACACCUCAGCAUUAUUUUGCACAUAUUGCUGGAGAGACUCGAUUGUUUGAGAGUUUUCUUUCCUUUGCAGCAUUUCUGGUUGACAGUGCUCUUCGGACCGUGGGACGGAUGAAAGGUGAAAGCUUUAGGAAGCCCAGCUGGGCUGUAGCUGCUCUCUUUAUCCCCAUUACCCUGCUGGUGCUGACCUCCAGGGGGGCCUUAAGCAGCCGUAAGAUGACACAAACAGUGAUGGGCCAUGCAACAGCCACGGCUGCAGGACCGGGCCCCAGCCUGAUAGAUGACCUCCCAGGCCUGCGGGUGUUAGCAGACUUCUUAUCCAGUGAGCAUGCUCAUGUGUGGCUCCUGUCCUUGGUGGGCUCAGUCGCUGUUGGCCUCAGUGGGAUUUUCCCGCUUCUUGUCAUUCCUAUCGAAGCUGGAGCGGCCUUAAAAACAGAAGGUGAGACAUGACAAUAUGCAACCUGAAACUACGAGUGGCCUUAUUGGCAGAUCACAGUAACGUGAUAUAAGAUAUGUUGUACAAUCAGAGCGGAGGAAGUGCUUUUCAAGUGAAAAAUUUCACUCCCAAGGGUCACUUAAGUAACUGCAAAACACUUUCUAUCCAUGACCUGUCACACAUUAGUUAAGGACAUGAUAUAAGUCUGACUGCCAGCAAAAUUUGUUAGAUUCUUUGCUGAGUAUUCAUGUCAAAAUGUCACUGUAAGUCUGAGAUCUCCUUCAUGAUUCUGGGGUUUCUAGUCCAGACUUUGUAGCAGGCUGUAGUGUUGGUUGAGUGAUCCUAGUACAGACACAGCAUUCACCAUUUUAAAGUUUUUGGAGUUUCUGUUAUGCUGGAAACACACAGACGUGUGUCUUGACCACAUUUCCUGCAUAGUUUCACCGGGGGAGAAAUUAAACAAAACACUAACGCUUCAGUAACUGGGCUAAGUUUAUGUAGGUCAGCCGGCGGCUUUGAGUAGCCACACCCACAGGAACGUGGCAUUCCAAAUAUAUUUUAGGAUGUGGGUUUGCAAGAGCAGUGCUAACCAAAGGUUAGUCAUUACCGAGGGGACUCCUCGAGCAGGAAAAAAAACAGGGAAACACAUGAGUAAUUACUGGAGAGUUUUAGUAGAAAAAGGCCAGACAAUUUAGUGAAUGUUUUUGUCACAUUUCGAGCUUUAAAGUCCAGAGCUGUGAUUUCAAAUCAGAACAGAACAAAAUCACAUGAUAUUAGUGAACAGUUCUUACUCUCUCAGAGCAAUGGAUGGAUGCCUGAUGAAACCAGAAGGCCUGUUUCCAUUUAUUCUGUGGCAAUAAUUAACAUUUGCAAGCAAACAUCAUGAUGUAAAGCAUGUCAUUUAACAGGGCAGAUGAAUAUAAGCAGAACAUAAAUACACCGGAGUCAAAGCUUUUUUUCCCCCCGUCUUCUCUUGAUGUUUUCUCAGCUGGGUGCCAGAAGCUGAAGCACCUCUUGAGCUUUGCAAUCGGUGGUCUCCUUGGUGAUGUAUUUCUCCAUCUCCUUCCUGAGGCGUGGACAGUCUCGGCAGGCUCUUCAGGUAGGAGUCCAAUAAUACACAAGUGCCUCGUCACUGUUUGGUCAUUAAUAUCAAGUAUUUAUCUUCUUUUGCCUGUUCUUUUUGCAACUUUCCAUGAGGACAAGAGACUUUUGAACAAGUCUGCUAACAUAAGGUUGUAUGAGGGAUAUUUUUAACGGGAACAGGCUGACCCUUGUGAGGUGAUUAUUUAAAAUUACCUGACAAGAUCAGAUGUAAACAUUAACGCAAACAAACGUCUAAAACCUCUGAGCAUAAAUAAUAAGAACAUGAGGAUUCAGACUUGAUGCUACCAUAGAAUUAUACAGAGUUGGUUUUCACACGUCUUUUCUGUCCGCAGAUGAAUUGCAGGUGUGCUAAUGUUGCAGGAUUAAAGGGAUAUUUCGGCGUAAAAUUAAGUUAGAGGCAAACACGCCGUAACACCCAGUUAGACACCCCGUCGAGAGAUUAAUGUGAGGUGAGUCCAUUAUCCCAGCGGGGUGACGCAGCUCAAUGAAGAACAUUUAUGAUCAUUUCUUUAUCAUUUCCUUGAAGUAAUAAUCAUCAUAAUAAUCAUUUUGCACUGAGGACGUGGUAGUUCUUCUGCCUUAGCGUCUCAGUCUGAUUGCAUUUCCAUGAAGAAAUGAUCACAAAUGUUCUUCCUUGAGCUGCGUCACCCCGCUGUAGUCCAUAAUGGACUAGCCUGAGGUCUCUGUAAAAACAAGCGGCUCCUGGAAGAGAGAGGGUGAGCUGUGUUUAGUCUCUUUGCUAAAGAAAUUAGGCAAAGUUAAAAAGAUGUUUGGUGGCUAGGACCCUAUAUGUCCUGUUGAUGAAGUUAGGUGCUGUUCUGAGUAUUAUUUGUGGCUAUAGAGUGGCGUUUUGGUUGAGCACGUGGCUCUCUGUACUGCUAUCGUGUGGUCGAUACAAAAGUUGGUAUAACUAGAGAAGCAAGCGGUCGGCUACAUUCAUCUCUCGAUGGGGAGUCUAACUCUGUGUUCCGGUGUGUUUGACCCUCAAUUAAUUUUACGCCAGAAUAUCCCUUUAAGACAAAGGGUGGUCCGUUUUUCAAAUACAUGCUUCAAAUACAAUACAUCAAGUUCAUGUCUUUCAUUUCAUUCACAAGGAAACUAGUUUCUUUUGAGUAACUUCACUUUAUUAUAUAAACAGGAUUAUUCAGUUCAAACUCUUUCCUUCAUUUUUUAAAAAAUCCCAGAUUGUAUUUCACUCUAUUGUAUCAUCAGUGUGAAUUUGCCUUUGCUGCUAGUGAGUGUAACAACAGUAAAUCAGUAAAUCUCAGAUCUGUAAUUCUUCAGAUUUUAUAUCAUAUCAAAACUGUUAAUAAUCCAUUACAUUGUUUUUAAAUUGUUAGUAUUGGAUUUUCUUUACAACUCUGUGUUGCUGCUCUUCGGUUCAGUUGUUAUCAACAGUGUUGUUUGUUGUACCAACACUCACUCAGCUCAGUUCUCACUCACCAGACCUUGUCUCUCAGUCUAACAAACAGUCUGUAUGCUUCCAUCCCAGCUUGUAAACAAAACCACUACAUGACCCAGGGCCUCUGGGUCAUCGUUGGCUUACUGGCCUUCCUUGUCCUGGAGAAGAUGUUUCCAGACCAAGACAGCCCAGAGGAUCCCACCUCAGACUCAGACCUGAACUUUAACACACAUGUAAGUAUCCAAGCUGGAAUAGAGGGUAGGAUAUUUUCACUCCUGCUAAUAGAGUCUCACUGCACAUGGACGUGUCAACACAGGUCUUUAAAAGUCCUGGUUUUUAGGUGUGGGCUUCUUGUUGUGCUUCGUCUGCAUUUUUCUCCCUGUGGUGUCAAUGUUUUAAAAGACUGAAGCAUCAGAUGACCUACUGUUCGAUGAGCCCAUCAGUCAUCUCCUCAAACAGAGGUCCAAAAUAAUGAUUCAACAACUCGGUACAUGAGUGUGAAUUCUCCCGUUUGCUGCUCUUUAGCUGACAAGACCAAUACAACUCUGAAGGCCUGUCAAUACCAUCAGGUUUCCAGGAAGUCCCUCUGUGAUGUUACUGAUCAAAAAACAGUCCAGCACAUGAGACCUCUUUUUUUACGACCUGUACCUUGUUUAAUCUGCGGCUCACGUUAGUUGUUCAGUUGGUGUGUUAUCAGGUGUUCUUAUUAUAUGCUUCUCCAUAUCAGAGCCUGUUUAUUUUUCAAAAAGGGAUUAAUUAUCCAAACAGAACAUGACCAUGUGGCUCCUUUGUAAAGAAAGGAUGGUCAGUUACAGUUUGUUUGAAGAGCUCGUCUCGUCCUCCCUCAUGUCUUUGUUUUGCUGGUGAGGGAGAAGAUUGAAGUCCUCGACUCAGCUCUUGCUCUCGUGUCUAUUUAUAGAGCCGGGGGUGAAGCAGCUGCUUUAGCCAUUUCAGUGUCCACAGGAGAGCUCUCAGCUUUUAGACGGGGGGAGACAACAAUAGAAGGGGGACAGAGCAGGACAGUGUAUGAGAGACACAGAAAGGAAUGUUAUCAGCUCUGUUUUCAUUUGAAACACUGCGUGUCGAGGUUGUGACAAACUGAAUUUGUUUGAACUUGAAAUGGAUCAGUGCUUUUGAUGGGUGUGUCUCACGUGUGAAGGUUUUAUCAUCUAAAAUGUUCUUAAAAAGACAACACAAGUCAAUUUUAGCAACAGAGGGAGAUUGAUAAGCCUGAAAAUUAGUCUAUUGUUGUUACUUCCUAUUACUACUACCAUGCCUCUACCAUCAUUGUGGAGCAGACAUUUUUAUGCCACGUCCCUGAGACAGCAGGUUAUUUCCCACUCCAUGUUAGUAUUUGUCUAAAUGGCGACUAAAGUGGUUUCUGAAUGUGAGAACAGGGAAGUUUGCUGUUCUCGGAAAACAAAGGCCACAUGAAUCUGUCUCCCCCUUUAAAAUCAAACACAGACAUGCUGGACAGUUUUGGAAUUACUGCUUCAUCCGUUAUAUUUGGGAAAAUAAAGCAGAAGUGUAUUUUUUUUCUCUCUCUCUCUAAUUGCAGCAUAUGUAGGGAGUUAAAAAUAAUCAAGGCAUUUGAUAACAGCUGUUCUACUGGCAGGAGGUGAAGCCUUUGACACACAGUUGGAGAAACCAUAAAAUGCCUGUUUAUUGCACUGUGGAGUUCAGGCUGCCGUUAACAUACUGUUUUCUGUGAGACUGGAGGGUAGGCAGUCGAUUUUCAAGGAGAUGAGCUUUUUCAAGUUAAUAGCAUGUCACUGGUGGUGGUGGCACUGAUGGUUGAACAUCAUUAUUUAUUCAAAGAAACUCUGAAAAUGUAAUAAUAUAUAAAAAAGAGACAAUAAGGUAAAGUGCACAUCAGGAUGGCUUGUUUUUUUUUCUCAUUUUUCCCUCCUCAGACGCAAACGAACGCAGCUCUCAGCGGAAAGCCGGUGGUAUCGCUCGGAAAUGGGCUCCACGCAGAGUCAUGGAAAUCCUCCAAGCAACCGAGUCUGCAGGAGAGAUCAGACAAAAUCAAGGUAAUGCUAAGAACCAAAACAUCUCCCAGUUCACAUAAAAGACAGAGAGUGAUGAAAAGAAACAUGCACUACUUGGGGUAAACUGUGAAAGUGGGUUGCUUGUGAAAGAAGUGCAUUCUGUGCUUCGUCUGUCUUGAUUUAUGUGGUUCGAUCGAACAGUCAGCCGAGUCAAAACAAAGAAAACAAAGAAACUUCACAAAGCCUAAUGGCAAUCUUACAAUUUUUUGAUCUGCCACAAACAGGCUAGUAAUGAUAUUUACAUAUGUCUGUGGAAGUGCUGCCAAGCACAUCUCGGGGGAAUAUUUCACUAUUUUCUCAGAUCAUAUUUUGUACUAAAUCUGUUUAUUUUUAUCUAUCUAACAUUUUACCUUUGCUUUUAAACAGAUUCUUCCAUUUUCACAUCAGACUUUUAGUGCAGCCCCAUCUGCAUCAUUACAUAACUAUUAUAACUUUCCACACUAUAAUGGUGUGAGUAAACAUACAUACUACAAAAUGCCAGCGUAAAUAAGAUAGAUCUGUCCACAUCAAGAAGGUGGGAGGGUUUUAAGUGCUUUUACAGACUACUAGAAUACUUCGCUCAGUAGCUCAGGAGGUAGCGCAGUCAUCCUAUUGGCUGUUCGAUUCCCCUCUAUCGCUAGUCUGUCCGUUGUGUCCUUGGGCAAGACACUUAACCCACCUUGCUCCCAGUGUGUGUCCUCCACUGGUGUGUGAUUGUGAGUGUUGUGUGGUGGUGGUCGGAGAGGCCGUAGGCGCAAACCGGCAGCCAGGUUUCCGUCAGUCUGCCCCAGGGCAGCUGUGACUACUAAGGUAGUUUACCACCACCAGGGUGUGACUGCGUGAGCGAACGAAUGAUGUAUCCAAUGUAAAGCGCUUUAAGGGUCUCUGAUAAAGCGCUAUAUGAAAUCUGAUGCAUUAUUAUUAUUUAAUUAAGAUGGAGCCUUUAUUUUUUUUGUAAUUUGUAUUCGAGAUAUUAAAUAAUGAAAGAGUGACUGAUUAAACUGCAGUGCUCUGCAAUGAGCAGCCCAAACGUCUUUUAUAUAUUCUGUUAAAAUUUUGUUCAAGCUCUGCUGACUGAAACUCACAGCCUGAAGAGAGAAAAAACACAAAUUAAAAGAGGACAAGUGACACCUAAUUUGUGUUAACUUUUAAGUGCUAAGCCCACUAUCCACUGGGCUAGCACAAAUUAAGGAUCAUUAGACUGAAGACACUGUUUUUUCAGCUGAGAUUAAUGGUACCAACCCCAAAGUGGAUUACCAAACAGUUAAGAGCAAUGUGAGUGUUUUCUCUUGAAAUCAGUGGUGCCACAGAAAAGUGCAUUUCCACCCAUUUUCUUCAUCCUCCUCAGGGUUGCAGAGGUUUGCAGACUCUCCCCGCACACAAUGAGAAGGAGACUAUCUACAGUCCUGCACUCCCCUAUUUAAACGUAACCUUUAUUUGACGCUAACUAAUUUGCAUUUUGUUUCACAGAUGAGUGGAUACCUAAACCUGCUGGCCAACUGUAUCGACAACUUCACCCAUGGGCUGGCUGUGGCCGGGAGUUUCCUGGUUAGCAAAAAGGUAAAAGGCUGUGUUGACCUGAUUGCUUGAAAUUCUUGAUUUUUUUUUUUUUUUUUAGGUGCAGUUUACAAACAAUGACCCCCUCACCCCUAAUACUAUCCAAAGUAAUAUGUACACAGUGGAUCGGUCCUAAAUUGGAGUUUUGGUCAGUAAUAUGUAUUUUGAAUAAAACCUACAUGAAAUGAAAGCAGAGGUGAGCAAAUUCUAUUAAAAACAGAGUCAUUUUCAGAAAAAGAGUACGUGUCCAACUCCGCAGGUUUAUCAUAUUGCUUGUGUGGGAAAAUAAUUAUACUCUCUGUAAUCCCGCUAAUGCAUAUUUAUACACAAACCCCUGGAUUUCAUCAAGCAUAAUUGUGGUAAAAUUACUCCUCUGGGGUUGCAGAGCAAAUUAAGACCUAAUCACAGACUGAAAAUCAUGGCUAAUCAAUGUGGCCACACGGGUCACUAGCAGUUCAACAUGAAGACCUAUUUAGAUACUUGAGACAUAUUAUUAAACUACAGGAGUUGACUGAUGGACGAUACGAUGGAGGAAUCCUAUUGAAGUGAUGUUCAUGCAGAGUUGUAGCUGAGGACAAGUGAAUGGUUUUAAAUACUUGGCCCCUAUUAAACUCUUAAAUGAGAAACUGAAUGGACUUGUUACUUAUGCUUUUGAAUCUGGAUGUUUAAAGUCUGAAGUCUAAAUAAUUAGGCAGCAGAGUCUUUGGUUAGCUGUAUAAUAGUUCCCUUUAGGGAUUGGCGAUAAAUUAUGGUUCAUGAUUUACUGUCAGAGAAUCCUUCAUGAUAGAUAUUUGCAAUCUCACGAUAAAUGUGAUAAAUGCAAGUUGAUGACGUAAGUUCAAGCGAUGGACUCGCAGCCAUAGCCCACACAGAGCAGAAUAACAAACAAACAUGUUUGAAGGUAAUGAAGACGACGUUUCUGAGCAGCUCGUUGGUAAACCAGACUCUACAUGAGGGAUUUCCUCCAAGACUGGGGUUUAGACAAGUCCAAUCAGGUAUGCCUGACUUGUCGGACAGUCGAUCUGCUGCUGCUGUUCACUCUGUGCCAUAAGAGGUUUUAUUAAAUGUUGAAAGUGUUUUCACAUUUCAGACUUGUUUGAUGUCAUUAGUUUUCUCCAUAACCUACCACUCAGACUUGUGGUUAAGUAUCUUAUAUUUGUCCAUGCCAACUGAUGUUCUCAAGACAGAAUGAGUCACAAAUAUAGAUUGGAAUUAUAAUAUUUUUAUUGUGACUUGUAUCAUUAUCACCAGAAUGAGAAAACUUAUCGCCAUAUUUUUUUUAGCCCAUACCGCCCAUCACUAGUUCCCUUUUUGUAAGGUGUUUGGCAGCAAACAGUGUGAACUUACAGAGGAAGCAGUGAACCCGUGUACUAGUAUUUUAAUAUAGACCACUAGGAGGACUGUCCUUACAUGACACAUAUACCUUUCUUCAUUUUAAAGCUAUAUCAUCAUCAUACUCUCAGUCAUCUUUGCUGACAAAGGUGCACAUUAAACUGUGGCAAUGCAGAUUUGUGUUGCUUCAGUAGGUUACUGUAUAUUUGUGGCUUUGGGACGGAGAGAGUCCAGCUGGUGAGACAUAAGGCUAGCAGCGUGAACUAUGGCUCAGUGUGCCAGAGAGGAAGUUUACUAGAUGUCUCAAACAUACACAUACAAAACAUCUCACUGGUGCUUUCUGUUUACUCGAUCACACGUGUAUCUCCAUGUGAUCACGGUGAAAUGCGGUAUGAAAAUGAGCUGCUUUAAUGCAGCGUUAAUUAGACAUGUACAAAUCUUACAUAAACACCUUUUUACUCGUUAUGUCCAAUGAAACUUCAGACUAAGUUCUUUCAUUACUGAAUAUUUCUGGCUGUCUCCCCUAGGAGUAUGCUUUGGGGGUUUCAUCCCCAAAUUAAUUUCUCUGAGUAGAAAUUUUCUGUGUUCCCUUAAAUGACACAAAUUAUAUCUCUGACAUUUUGAAGUGUUUACAGUCAAGACAAGCAUUUGAUUUGAGGAAAAGUGUGAGUAAUCCCCACAUCGUUAGGCCGUUUCAAGCCGUUAACUUUAUAACCUCAGUUGUAUUUGGGUAAUUAAUUUAGACGAAGCAUCCUGAUACCAAACACUCUUGUUAUACCAGGAUCACAGAUAAGUGCAAAAGAUACGAAUUUCUACACCAUACUUUUCCUGAAGGACUUCAUGAGCACAUUUACCCCCAAGAUUACGUAGUUGAGACUAGGACUGGGCGAUAAAACGAUAAUGAUAUAUAUCAGAAAUUGAUUUCCUUCAAUAUUGAUAUGAAACAUGGUCAAUAUACUUUUCAAUAGUCGACAUUCUGCCAUGUUUUGAUAGACUAUACAAGUAGCCAACGAAAAGGAGAGUUGCCCCGGGUCUGCUUUGUGCUGAACCAAUCAUGUGCUGAAUUGGAACCAAGUAGCAAACAACUGCUGCAGCUACAUGCAACCAUAGCACUUUAACACGUGAAGCCGACAGCUGUUGGUGAGAAAAAAAGAAAAUGAGUGCUACCCCCGGCAGAAAUGCAGAUGAAGGCUCAACAGAUGAUGACAUCGUCGACAACAAUGGCACGAAAAUGUUGGUGGUGUGGAGGUAUUUAGUUUUUUGAGGUCGGACAUGAAGCAGAGUAAUGUGCACUUCAACUUAUGUCAAAUACUUGUUCCCACAAAGUCGGGGAAUACCUCAAAUCUUUUCCACCACCUGAAGCAGAGCCACACGACAGGGCACCCGCAAUGCAAAAGGUUAAAAACCCUGAGCGGAGCAAGCGGAAACAGCCAACCAUUCAGUCUGCUUUCUCUACCGCAACGCCUUACUGCAAAACGUAAAGGAGACACAAAGACCUCACAGAUGCAGUAGCUUAUUGUAUUGCAAAAUACAUGCUACCAAUAUGCACUGUUAAAUUUCAUUUUUAAUAUCAUGAUAUAUCUCAAUAUUGACUGAAAUGAAAAAAAUAAACCGUGAUAAACUUUUUCCCAUAUCGCCCAGUCCUAGUUAAGACUAAUAUGUUGCUUCUAACUGAGCUAAUUUGCUGAAUGAAAUCCAAAAUUUCUCCAUUUGUUUUUGACAUAAUGGAAUCUUUUGACGACCACACUGUUGUUUUAAAAUGCCCCUUAUGCUCCCCUGAAUAACAGUACUGCACAUCCAUUGUUUGAGAUUUUAUCACCUAGUUACGAAAAGCUGUGUUAAUGAGUUUCUUCCUGCAGGUUGGGUUCCUCACCACGUUUGCCAUCCUGCUCCAUGAAAUCCCCCACGAGGUGAGAUAACAGAAUUCUCAGUUAAACUGCUCAAAAUAAUUUCUAAAUAGUUGUGUAAAUGAAAUACAAAGCCCCAUGAAAACCUAACUGUUACAGCAGCUGUGAGAAAUAUUCCAUGUUUUGUCUGCAGGUGGGAGACUUUGCCAUCCUGCUGAGGGCGGGGUUUGACCGGUGGAGUGCAGCUCGAAUGCAGCUAUCCACAGCCCUGGUCGGGGUCGUUGGAGCUUGUGUUGCUUUAUAUGCUCAGUCGCCUCAAGGCACAGGUAGGAUCGAACCAAUUCUCACUUCACAAUCAAUCAAACUUGAUCUUCGCCAGUUUGAGACAGUUUAUGAUCGCAGCGAUCAGACACAAGGGUUUCUCUCUGGUUCUAGAAAAUACCACUGCCUGGAUACUACCUUUCACCUCAGGAGGUUUCCUCUACAUCGCCUUGGUGAACGUAGUGCCAGACCUGCUGGAAGAGUCCAGUCUAAGGUAUGUUAAAGACCCACUCUGAUGAAAAUCAUGCCCUUCUUGUUCUCUACAUGUUCAUAUUGCGUUUUUCUAAUACUACAGGACUAGCAUGAGAAAAACAAGCGUGAAAUCGCAUUUCUGAGUAUUUCUGCAUUCAAAUCGCCGGAAAUCUCUGACAGACCCAAACAGCUGGUUCAGAUACAGUGAGAUUUCCUAUGUCACAAAUCCAAGCUCCGCCCCCGGAGCCCCGCUAUGAAGGCCAGACUCUGAAAAAUAGAGAGGACGAUCGCAGAACAAGCAUGUGCGUUAGCGGUUAUCAAUGCUCAGAAGAAAGCUGAUAAUGGUAUUAACUUUCAUCAUGCCACCAAAGACGUUAGUGUCUGAGAGCUGAAUAGCUUCUAUCUUACCUGCCACUUCUACUACACUGGCAACGUGAAGCCGAGUGCAGAUCAGCACCGUCUGCCCACGACUCUGAGGCAUAUCGUAAUGAGCUACUGGAGCUCUGCAGAAGAACAGCUCUUGAAAAUGACACAGGUAACAUGAUAAAAACUUCAUAAUUCCAACUUAAAGACCACUGAGAACACUUGAACUAGAAAAAAAACAAUCGGAGUCGGACUUUAAAGAGUUGGUGAAGGAUGGAAAAACAGGAAACAGACUUAAAGAUCCAAACUCUGGAAAAGUAUCAUUGGGAAGGAUGCAAAGACAUUGCGUUGCCAUUUUUUUUCCAUUCUUUUGAAGCUGUAGUCCAACAUCUAGAUUUCCACUUUACCUCUAGGACUCACUGUGGAAUAAUAACUUAAGGAAGUAAAAUAAAGUUAAUUGUUUUGAAUGACUGAAAACUCUGUUACCUGUCUUUUACAAGUUGUACUACGGUGACAGUGUAGAAAGAUGAUGCUCAAAAAUCUAUUUUCCUGCGUUCAUGUGCCUUUUUGGGGGAGAAAACUAGUGAAUAUUUUUUUUAAAAUCUUUAAAAUCCAAACAUAUGUGUAAUUCUGUAACUUCUUUUUUUUUUUGUCCAGACACUCUCUUCUGCAGAUCCUGCUCAUCAUCUGUGGAGUGGCUGUCAUGGCUCUGCUCUCUGCCAUUGUUGAUUGAACACAGAAGAACCUCACAUACAGCUUACUCACCUUACCAAACAAUCUCACCAACCAAUGGAAGCAAACCCCAUACUUCCACUACCAGCUCUGCAUACCCGGUACCCCUCAUUCAAGAAUCUCUUGCUUUAGAAAUUCGAUUCCUCUUUGAUACAGUCAUCAGCAAGUUUCAUGAAACUGACAAAAGAACAGCACUUUACGGAUGGAUGAAUGAUCGGAGGAUGGAACAAUUGUACGGACACUUAAACACGUGCCAGACAUCAUAAAGAGCGAGGGAAUUUCGAUGCUUUUUGAGGAUUUCUUUAACCAAAAUGUCUUAAAUUGUUGAUCCGACAAUCUUGUUGUUUUGCACAUACAUUUACAUAGGUACACCUGAUGUACCUGCUCAACACAAAGGUAUUAUUGGACCUCUGCAAAAAUCCCCUCUUAAGUGUUCAACCUUUAAAUGUUAAAAUGCCUGUAUUAUGUUUUAUUACUGUUGUGUGUUUUCUGUUUCCUAUGUAGCUCAUUCGUAUUUAUUUUAAGUUAAACAAGCAGCAUACAGCUUUAUUAGGCAAGCGUCAACAACAUUUCAUCAUUUGGUUUUCGUGAGGGGAAAAAAAGUGCCAAGAAAUCAGGAUGGUUGGAUACACGAGCGGCAUGUCUUAACCGAGGCACUUUUGGUCUUUUUCAUGUGUCUUAAUCACACAGUACAGGCUGCAUCAUUUCAGCACAAGUUGGUGCUCAGAGACAAGUCAGCCUGAAUAAUUAUUGUGUUAAAACUGUAAUAAACAAAAAGAGAUUGUUACUGUUAAUAUUCAGCGACGCUCGUUGCCAGGACUUGUGAGAUAAUAGACUGAAAUCAAAUCUGAGAAGGUUAAAAAUGUAAGAUUUUUCACAUCGCUGUUUUGUUGAUACACUUUUAGAAGAAAGUUUUGAAUCUAUUAAAAGGUCAAAUAAAAUAUACAUUUUAGACAUCUUUAUAA